AUGGCUGACGCUUUUAUUCAAGUUUUGCUGGAGAAUUUGAACUCACUCAUCCGAAAGGAGGUUGGGUUGUUGUGGGGUGUUGACAAAGAUAUGAAAAAACUUUCCAGCUUGCUCUCAACUAUUCAAGCUGUGCUGGAAGAUGCUGAGGAGAAGCAAGUGAAAAACAAGGCGCUUCAGAAUUGGCUGCAGAAGUUAAAAGAAGCAACUUAUAAGGUAGAUGACAUCUUGGAUGAUUGUGCAGCAGAAGUCUCUCAAUUAGAGUCUGAAGACCAAAAUUCAAGGUUUAUCAACAAGGUAAACACUUUUUUCUUAAAUAAACUUCGUCCAGAUAAUACUUUAUUUUGUCGCAAGAUUGGCAUUAGGAUGAGAGAGAUUAGAGAGAGGUUAGACGAAAUUGCAGAGGAGAGGACAAAGUUUCAUUUGAAUGAGGUAGUUUUACAGAGGGAAGCUGAAGUCGGAGAAGAACGCCAAGCUAGCUCCAUCAUUACUCAAUCUCACGUAUAUGGUAGAGAUGAAGAUAAAGAAAUAAAUGUUGAAAAUUUGGUGAAUCACGUAGCUUGUUGUGAUGACAUUUCCGUCUACCCUAUUGUUGGUAUUGGGGGCCUUGGGAAGACAACGCUUGCUCAGGUGGUCUACAAUGAUGAGAGAGUGAGCAUGCAUUUUGAGCUAAGAAUUUGGGUUUGCAUUUCAGAGGAUUUCAGUGUGAAAAAGAUCAUAAAAGCUAUAAUUGGAUCUGCAACUGGAACUGCUUGUGAAGAUCUAGACUUAGACCCUUUGCAGAGACGCCUUCAAGAUAUAUUGAACAGGAAAAGGUAUUUGCUUGUGUUAGAUGAUGUAUGGAGUGAAGAUCAAGAGAAGUGGGAUAGAUUAAAGUGUGUGUUGGCAUGUGGAUCGAAAGGUGCUUCAAUUAUUGUUACUACUCGAAGUAGAAAGGUUGCAUCCUCUAUGGGAACGCUUCCCAUGCAUCAUUUGUCAGGAUUAACUGGAAAUGAAUGCUGGUUGUUGUUUAAAGAACAGGCAUUUGGACAAGAGAAAGAAGAACGUCCAAACCUUGUUGCAAUAGGGAAAGAGAUAGUGAAGAAGUGUAGGGGUGUGCCUCUAGCUGUGAAGUCUCUAGGAUGUCUGAUGCGUUAUAAAAGCAAGGAAAACGAGUGGCUUUCUGUUAAGGAAAGUGAUCUUUGGAAUUUGCCACACAAUGAAAAUUCCAUCUUACCAGCCCUAAGAUUGAGUUACUCUCAUUUGUCAUCAAAACUGAAACCAUGUUUUGCCUUCUGUGCUGUAUUUCCUAAAGAUUUUAACAUUGAGAAAGAAAAGCUGAUUCAUCUUUGGAUUGCUAAUGGAUUUAUUCAGACAACUGGAAAUGUUGAACAAGAAGAUAAUGGAAACGAGAUAUGCAAUGAAUUAUAUUGGCGAUCUUUUUUUCAAGAAGUCAAAAAGGAUGAGUUUGGCAACAAUGUAAAAUUCAAAAUGCAUGACCUUGUUCAUGAUCUUGCACAAUCUAUUACAAAGGAUGAAUGCAUUAUUCUAGAGGCUGAAAGUUCAAUUAAUAUUUCAAAAAGCAAUGUUCAUGUCAGAAUGGAUUCUGAUUUGUGGCAAUCAUACUGUACUAGUUCAAGAGCUUUGUAUCAAGUUAAAACCUUUAGGACAUUAAUCCUAACUUCAAGAAGCCCAUUGGGGAGGAAUACCUUAAGCUUUUCUUGUGGAAUUUCUAGAUUAACUUCUUUAAGAGCGUUCCACGUAACCUUGAUGAGUGAGUUGCCAUGUUCAAUUAGCCGUUUAAAGCAUCUAAGGUAUUUGGACCUUUCUGACUCAUAUAUCAAACUGCUUCCUGAAUCACUUUGUAGCUUACAUAAUUUGCAAACUUUGAAUCUGAAAAAUUGUUAUUCGCUUCAGAAGCUACCUAAGCGCAUGAGAUGCUUGAAAAAUCUUCGCCAUCUUUAUCUUAAUGAAUGUUUCAAUUUAUCUCAAAUGCCAUCAGAAAUUGGACAGAUCACUUGCUUAAAGACUUUAACUCUCUUCAUCGUUGGUACAACUAAAGGUUGUCACUUGGCUGAAUUGAAAGGUUUAAAUCUCGGAGGAGAAUUACGUAUAACACAUCUUGAUAGAGUGCACAAUCUAAUGGAAGCCAGAGAAGCCAAUUUGGUUGGAAAAUCGAAUCUCCACCACUUGGAAUUGUCUUGGGGACUUGAUAGUGAAUUUGAAUCCCAGGAAAAUGGAAAAAUAUUCGAAGCCCUCAAACCUCACCCAAACAUUGAAAGUUUGAUGAUUGAAGGUUACAAAGGUGUCAAAUUUCCAGUUUGGAUGAACAAUCAAAUUCUCAGUAAUGUUGUUUCUAUCACACUCUCCCAAUGUGAGAACUGUUUUCAACUUCCUCCCUUAUGGCAACUGCCUUGUCUUGGACAUCUUACUAUUGGUGAGUUGAUUCACCUGGAGUACAUUGAUACAAGUUUCCAAGGUGAUAAAAUGAUCAGUAAAUUCCCUUCUUUGGAGAAACUCUAUAUUUAUCAAUUGCCGAGGCUACAAAGGUUGUCAAGACAGGAUGGAAGGGAGUCAUUCCCAUGUCUUACCAAGCUUCAAAUUUGCCAAUGUCCUGAAUUAACCUUGCCAUGUCUUCCUUUGGCAAAAACUUUAGUGAUUUAUGAUUGCAGUGAGAAGUUGCUAAGAUCAAUCUUAAAUUUCAGAAGCCUUACUCACCUAUAUGUUGAUAGUAUUCAUGAUUCAAUUUAUCUUCCCCAUGGGAUUGUGCAAACCCUCACCUCUCUUCAUGAAAUGCGUAUUAUAAAGUUCAGAAAAUUUAAGGGGUUUCCCACAGAACUAGUUAGCCUCAGUACUCUGAAAUCAUUACAUAUUGAUCUAUGA